AUGUCUGUCUUCGGUGGUGGCUUCGAUCCCGGAAAUCCGGAACACCUCUACAACAUGGCACGCCAUGGCCGGCGACCCAUCAUCCAGCGGUUCGACGAGUAUUACAGAUGUUACCCCCUCAUCAUGGCACCGGGCAGCGAACGGCCAGAGCUGAAUUUCGGUUCCAAGAUCAUUCUUCCGCCAUCAGCGCUGGACAAGGUCUCCAAGCUCCACGUCCAGUGGCCUUUGCUGAUGGAAAUGAUCAACGGCGAAAAAGGCAAACACUCGCAUGCCGGUGUUCUGGAGUUCAUUGCUGAGGAGGGUCGUGCAUACAUCCCCCAGUGGAUGAUGGUGACCCUGGGCUUGGAUGUGGGCGACAUGAUCCAGAUUCGAACGACUUCGUUGGAGCUUGCUAGAAUGGUCAAGCUGCAGCCACAAUCCGUCAACUUCCUCGAUAUUAGCGAUCCGAAGGCAGUUUUGGAAAAAGCUUUCGGAAAUUUUGCAACCCUUACUAAAGGCGAUAUUUUCAACUUUGAGUACAAUGACGAGGUCUACGACGUUGCGGUCCUAGACGUCAAACCAGAGACAGACAAGAUGGGUGUUAGCAUGAUUGAAACUGAUGUAUCGGUCGAGUUUGCGGCACCUGUUGGUUACGUUGAGCCUGAGAGGAAGAGCGGAACCAGCACACCAAGGAGUGCCAUGGGCGGCGUCCCUGCCGGUGGUGUUUUGCACAGUCAGGGGACCAUGGCUCAGGCCAUCAACUACAACUCUAUUGCUCCAUCAGUAACCAGCGUGCCGACCAAUUUCCUGGGAGAAGGCCAGCGAUUGGCUAAGAAAGGAAGCAAGACUGCAACGCCGAAACCUGCAACGCCAGUACCGGUCGACACAUCCGCGGCCCCCAGACGACGAGACGGCGCUCCCGUUCCCCUUCGCCUCCCCCCCAACAAGCUUUUCUUUGGAUAUGAACUGAAGCCACUGAAGACGGAUGCUGAGAAGGAGCAGGAUAAGGAGAACUCGUCCAAGCCCCAUUUUGCUGGUCAAGGACAGAGUCUGCGUGGAACUACCAAGAGAAAGGGAGACGCCGACGACAAGUCGAAAGCCCCGGACAAGAAGGGACCAAAUGAUGGAAACAGGCUAGAUGGCCGGCGACCACGAUGA